UCUUCCCCCUCUGCUUCCCUCUCGUAUCUCCAGCUCAAAUAACAGAAACUGACUGCCAUAUGCCUGUGGCUGAAAAACCCCUCACAAUGCAUCCUGAGCGUUCAUGGAGCAAAAUAAGAGCAAAGAAUGACCUAAAGGGAAAAGAUGCUGCUCCUCACAAUGAGGGACUGAGAGAUGAUCAUGUCAAUAAGGAUUUCUUGCCAGUAGAAAUCCGUGGGCUUCUUGAUGAUCUGCAAUUGGAUUCUGUCGCUCAGAAUUUAGAGAUGAGGAAUGGAAUAUGUCAAAACCAGGAAUCAGAACCACGUCCCUUUUCUAGAAGUCACAGUCCAAGCAAAAAGAAAUCAGACAAAGUUCCCAUCAGCGAAGACACUCAGUUUAUCUUAAAGAAACGCCACUAUGAUGCAAAGGAAGUACGCCAGUACAUUGUGAGACAGCAAGAGGAAAGGAAGAGGAGACGAAGUGAAGAAAAGAAAGCGCAAAGGGAGGCAACGCAGCAAAAAAAUAAGAGACUCCAGGAACUUUAUAAGAAACAAAAAGAAGCCGUUGCCAAUAAAACAAAGACAAUGUCAUCAUCUGAAACGGUCACUAGACAAUUACAAGAAACUUAUUCUAAAUUGUUCAUGGAACAAACAUUGCUGGAGAAUGCGGGACUCUCUGUUCAAGAAGUUCAGUCCAAACCUGGAUAUCAACCAUCUGGAGAAUCUGAUAAAGAGAACAAGGUUCUGGAGCGUCCUGUUAGUGCAUCAUCCAGUAGCGAUAUGUCUCUCUCUGAGCCUCCUCAUUCUCUUGUAAGGGAUAGUACACUGGAGCCUUUAAGGAUUCAUCCAGGGAAGCUGAGUUCAACAGCACAGGUUCCUUGCUCAAAAUCUGUUUCGAAUGGAGCUCUCUUCUCUGAGCUUUUGUUUUUGGAUAACGUGGAUGUCUUGCAGAAGGAUUUUGAAUCAUCAAGCAGAAGGAGUCAUAACACAGCUAUCGGAUCCAUGUCUUCAACUCCUCAGCCGUUUACGUCCUCUACUGUACAACCCACCAUUAAUCAUUAUAAAAAUAGAUUGGACCGAAUUGAAGCCCUAAAGGCAACUGCAGCCUCUCUUUCAAAUAGAAUUGAAAGUGAAGCCAAAAAAAUAGGUGGGCCUGGCAUUAACUAUGAACCAGCAUGCGAUACUGGACAUGACUUGUUGCAAAGGGAUCAAGGCGAUGAUACCUGCUGGGUGAAAGCCAGCAGCUCUCCUGUGAGAGAAGAUGAUGUCUUUUCAGCUACGCUUCAGAAAAUGUUGGCAACCUGCAAUUCACAUACAACUUUUGAUGGUAACCUUCCUGGAAUGGAAAAUUUUAAUGAGUUUAAAACGCUCCCAAAGUCUAUUAGUCCUUAUACAGUUGCUCUCGGUCUUCCAGGCAAUAAUAUAUCUGAAGGAAUAUUAGGAAAUCUGUCUCAAAAGCAAACAUGCUCUGCUGAAAAUAAACCUGAAGUUCUGAAUGGUAGUGUGGGCUCCAUAAGUGAUGGUCUUCUCUCUGAGGAAGAAGGUGAAAACCCUAAUAAUCCAUCUUUGACGGUUGCUGAGGCAUUAAACGAAAGCGAGUUCUGCGUUGCAGAUGUAACUGGUUUUGAAGCUCUAAAAGAAUUCCAGAAGGAGGCAGAAAAUUAUUUACCUAUUUUAACAGACAUUAGGAGCGCUUCAAAAAAACCAUGGGAAGAACUUGCCAAGGGAAGUCCACAUAGCGUGAUAAACAUCUUUGCAAAAUCUUACCAGAUGUCUGGGAAAGAAUGUGCAGGACAGGGAACAUCAACACAUCAAUCUUUACUUCCUGCCGUGAGCCCUCCAGGUAGUAUUGCUUCCUAUGAAGAUGAUUUCAUCUCAUCACAAAGUAGUGGUACAUCAGUGGACAAAAAGUCUACACCUGAGCACAGCGCCACAUGUAGCCCCAGCCUGAAAGGAGAGCUUGCCAGUAAAAAAUUGCCUUAUAAACACCAAACUAUGGAAUUAACCCAUCAUUCCUCAGGACCAUCAUCUUCAGGUUCUUCUCGUGGAUCUGCAUCUUCUAAGAGAAGAGGAAGAAAAAAAGAAAAAUACAUUACAGAGACAGAAUCAAAUGGAUUUCGAAAUGCCUCUCUCUGGGAAAAAAGCAAAGCAUCUAUAGGAUCAGACUAUGAUUUGGAACAAGCAAAACACUUACUAUCUAAUAAUACAGUGUCUAACAGAGAACAAGAAGUGAACGCAGAUUCUGACGGUACUUUAGAGGAACUAUCUGGUCACUCAUUAAUGAGUCUCCCAGAUAAAAUUAGACCAUCAAUUGCAAUAAGCUCUCCUCAGCCUCCAAACAUACAGAAGAAAAUGGAUCCUGAAGGAAAUACAGCAGAAAAACAUAGAUCUUUAAAAUCUUCCAGAAACGUAACUUCUGCAUCCAAGCUAAAUCCUGCCUUCUCUGACUUAAGUAUUGGAAACAACAGGACUGGAGACAAUAUUCCGAACGGCUCCAUGCGCUUCUCACCUGCUGGUCUCCAUCACCGUAUGUCUGUAGAACUUAACUACCUUAGCGCUAUUGAAGAGUCGGUACACCAAAUCUCUGAUAUAGAACGUGUGCGAGGGAUAACACUUGCACAGCAGGAAACUGUUUCUCUGGCUAUAAUAUUAAAUUCCCAGCAGCAGAGGCAUGAGAGGGACUUGGCUCUUCUAAAGCUUAAGGCAGAGCAAGAGAUGUUGGAAAAUCAAAGGACUCUGGAAGAAGAAAAACAAAAAUCAGCUCAGGCCCAUGCCGAAUCAUUACAUCUGUUGGCACAAUCACAUCAGGAGGCAGCUGAGACUCUACAGGAGACCACAUCUAAGAUUGCAACUCAACAGCUGGAGACAGCCUUGUUGACUGCAGAUACUGCUCGUCAGAUACGUGAAAUGACAGAACUUCCACAUUUCCAGAUCCCUGAUGAAGUUGGUACUACUGCAGCUCCAGUUACUACAUUAUUUGACCAAGAACGGAAGCACAGUUCCACAUUCACAAAGCAAUUAAAGCUUUACAAUAGGAACAGAAAAGCAGAUUCAGUCGCCACGCCAUCAGAUAGAGAGGAGAUAAAUGACUCAAAACAUAAUUAUUUGAAUACAUUUGAUAGCUAUUCCGAAUCAUCAAGAUCAAAGACACAUGAUCAGAGCAGUAGCAGCAGUCGGCAGGAAAGUCCAUCUUCUAAGGAAACCAAGAAAUCUUCUCAUCGUGAAAAACCAAACAGUUCCAUUGAGGAGGAAGCUCCCAUGGCAAUCAACGAUUCACUGCAGAAUAACAGUAUCCCAUCCAUUCAUGAUGAGAGAGAUUCCACUUCUAUUGCCACAGAAUAUUCCCUAAAGUUUGAUGAGUCUAUGACCGAAGAUGAGAUUGAAGAACAAUCAUUCCGGUCCUUGUUGCCUUCUGAGAGCCACCGCCGGAUCAAUCUGAAGAAACAAAAUCCCCAAGUUUAUUCUGAUGAGGAAGCUUCUCCUGGAAAGCAUACCCUGUCACCUAUUAAGGAACUAAACCUGCCGUUUUCAGGAGGGCAAGACAGCUUUUCUAAAUUUACAAUGGAAAUGGUACGUCAGUACAUGAGGGAAGAAGAAAUGAGAGCUGCUCACCAGUCUUCUCUGCUCCGAUUGCGUGAAAAAGCACUUAAAGAGAAGACUAAGGCUGAACUAGCUUGGCUAGAACACCAGAAACGACAUUUACGAGAUAAAGGUGAAGAUGAUAAAAUGCCACCUCUCCGGAAAAAACAACGUGGCCUGCUUCUUAAACUUCAGCAAGAGAAG